AUGGGAAAUGUGAGGAUUGCGGAGGAGAGGAGGGCUUUAUUCGUUGUCUGUCCUGCUCAGGAGAGCACAGUUGGUGUUCCUCAUGUGCUGUCAAAGCCCACCAGCACCAUCCCUUCCACAACCUUCAACUUUGGAAUGGCAAGUUCUACCAGUCUACUACUCUAUGAGACCACAGAUAUAUCAUACAUCUUGGCCAUGUCGGAUCUCAGAGCAAUGGAAGAUGUGUUUGGACAUGGAGAGGGGGAUACUAUUUAUGACACUCAGUUAGGAUUGUCCAACCUGGUCAUUGUGCAUUCCACUGGAGUUUAUUCACACCGUGUAUCCUGGUGUCAGUGUCCUGGUGCUGAUAAGGACGGACAUCUACAUCUCCUAAAAGCAAAGUUAUUUCCUGCCAGCAUCACUCGGCCUCAAUCGGCUUUUACCUUCGAUGUUCUAGAUAACUUCCUCAUAGACGCUUUGGAGUGCAAGACCUCAGCUAUGAGCUUCUAUCAAAAGCUACGUCGUUUUACCAAUAAUGCUUUCCCUCAUAAAAUACCUGAUCGCUACCGUGAACUUAUGCGGGUGUCUUGUAUAUGGAGGGAUUUGGUCAAUAGAAUAAGGUUCAGCUUUGCACAUGAGUUGGACAGAUCUCCUGGUCCAGGGGAUUUAGCUCUUUAUUGUCCAGCAUGUCCCCAGCCUGGAAUAAACUUACCUUCUUUUUGGAAGGAUACCUACGACAGUUGGUUGGUCAUGCAAAGAUAUGUUAUCGAUGGAAAUUUUACAGCUCAACAUAUGAAGAUGAAGACCCCAGAAGAUGAUGUUUCACUAGCAGACGGAAAGGGAUAUAUGAAAUCAUCUUGCAGCAAUCACCAUGCUGUGAAUGCUGUGAAUGUCCAGAGAAGCAACCUAAGAGCUACGGGAGUUGGGGCAACAGCAUGUGCUAGGCAUGGAUGUUUUGUUCCCCUUGCAGUGGUUGACUUCCAAAAGGGAGAGAGACAAAUGAACAUGGACUAUUCCAUCUGCAACGCAUUGAAAUAUCCAUCAGAAGAUAUUGACAGUGCACUCAUAAUCUAUGAUGUUGCAUGCCAGUGGAGUAUCCACUUUGAUGAACGGGUGAAUCAAAGCUAUCACCUGUCUCUUCCUCCAUCAAUCAAAAUAUUGCCAGCAAUCGGCAAGUUUCAUCUAAGCGCUCAUAAGCUACUGUGCUUUCCCAGAUUCAGCCUCGAUUUUAUUAAAGGAGCUGGUCAUAUUGAUGGGGAAAUCUUGGAGACCCUCUGGGCCCCAUUUAACAAGAUUUCCCCAACCGCAAGAUCCAUGACUCUCUCUCACAGACAGGAAGUCUUGGAUGACCAUAUGAGGGAUUCUAAUUGGAAGAAGCUUGUCAGAAUUGGCAAGUCCCCUCUCUUGACUUCUGAGAUGUCAACUUCGACUAAUGGAACACUUCAAAAGUCAAAUUAUUACUUAAAAAGUAUAAUCAAGCCGUACAGGGCCAAUGUCCAGAAAUGGAAGAAGGAAGCUGAACUAGCAGCUCUUGAUCGCGGUGAGCUUCUUGACAUCUAUCAGCUUAAAAUAGAUAAAGCUCCAACUAUGGCUGAAAUAAGGCUAAGGUUGACUGAAAACGAAAGUGUCCACCAAUGUAAGGUGUUCAAUAUUUGGAAUGUGAUUGACUCAAAUUGGGUUAUUAGAGAUGCCCUACGUUCUUUUAUAAGACAACUGCCAGAGGAUCCAACUGCUUCUCAGAGAACUCUCAUGGAAGAAAAAAGACAGAAGCUCUUGUCUUGUAUUAAUAAGUUCCACAAGACUGCGUUGGUUAUGACAAAUGGUAUGGAAUUCGAGGGGGAAGAGGGAUUGCACCAGGAUGACCCUGAACUGUGCCUGGGGGAGGCUGAUGGAUCUAAUUUUCCAGGAAUUGAAGAGCUGGGGGAAGAGAGUAUUUUGGACCUCGGAGAUGAUGCUGACUCACCUGCAGAGGUUGCUGAACUUUGGAUGCCAUCAUGGGGAACAUCUGAUCCGAUUAUGAAUGAUGUUGUCAUUCAAUUACGUCAAGAAGAACUGGAGCUUCAAAAGGGUUAA